GCCUAUCCGCGCGCGCGACAACCCCCUUGCCGUGCGCCAAAGUUAUCACUUAAACACCCAACCUCCAUGCAGACUUUGUCAUCAAAAACUACCAGAGCUUUUAGGAAAACGCUGCAAAGAAUUAAGCAACCUUUGCGCACUUGAGAGUUAAGGGACACCCUCCUCCCUCUCUCUGUACACACACAGUGUACCUUUUUCUCAGCAGUCCUGUUUCGCUCAUGCUCCCCACCGUGCUACAUCAGAACUGUAGAAUGCAGUCGUCUUUGCCAGGAACAGUACCGCGAAUGAUGCGACCAGCGCCUGGACAAAACUAUCCGCGCACUGGCUUCCCUUUGGAAGUGUCAACUCCCCUAGGUCAAGGUCGGGUAAACCAACUCGGUGGAGUGUUCAUCAACGGAAGACCACUGCCAAAUCAUAUCCGACACAAGAUAGUGGAGAUGGCCCACCACGGUAUCCGUCCCUGCGUGAUCUCUCGACAGCUACGAGUUUCCCAUGGUUGCGUGUCCAAAAUUCUUUGUCGGUAUCAAGAAACAGGAUCAAUCCGACCCGGGGCAAUAGGAGGAAGCAAACCCAGACAGGUAGCAACGCCCGAUGUGGAGAAACGGAUUGAGGAGUACAAGCGCGAGAAUCCCGGCAUGUUCAGCUGGGAGAUCCGAGACAAGCUGCUGAAGGACGGGGUGUGUGACAGAAGCACAGUUCCUUCAGGUGAGGCCUCAUCUGUGAGUUCCAUUAGUCGUGUUCUGAGAGCUCGAUUUGGGAAGAAAGAUGAUGAAGAAGAUUGUGAUAAAAAAGAUGAAGAUGGAGAGAAGAAAACCAAACACAGCAUCGAUGGCAUUCUUGGCGAUAAAGGUAGCCGUAUGGACGAAGGCUCAGAUGUGGAGUCGGAGCCGGACCUUCCCCUGAAGAGAAAACAGAGGCGCAGUCGCACCACUUUCACGGCCGAACAGCUGGAGGAGCUGGAGAAGGCCUUUGAGAGGACACACUAUCCCGACAUCUACACCAGAGAAGAGCUGGCCCAGAGGACCAAGCUCACAGAGGCCCGUGUACAGGUGUGGUUCAGCAACCGACGGGCCAGGUGGCGUAAGCAAGCGGGAGCCAAUCAGCUGGCGGCGUUCAAUCACCUGUUGCCAGGCGGAUUCCCAGGCAGCGGCAUGCCCACGCUACCCACCUACCAGCUCCAAGAUUCCGGUUACCCCACAACCACACUAUCACAAGACGUUAGUGGCACGGUUCACCGCCCUCAGCCAUUACCACCGUCCACCAUGCACCAGGGAGGGCUGUCGGGCGGGGAUGGCGGCUCGGCCUACGGCCUGUCGUCCAACCGUCAUGGCUUCUCCAGCUACUCCGACUCCUUCAUGAGCCCCUCGGCACCCAGUAACCACAUGAACCCCGUCAGCAACGGCCUCUCCCCACAGGUGAUGAGCAUCCUGAGUAACCCCAGCGGCGUGCCCUCACAGUCCCAGCAUGACUUCUCCAUCUCGCCCCUCCACGGCAGCCUGGAGUCGUCCAACUCCAUCUCGGCCAGCUGCAGCCAGCGCUCCUCAGACCAGUCCAUCAAGACGGUGGACAGCAUGGCCUCCUCCCAGUCCUACUGCCCUCCCACCUACAGCACCACCAGCUACAGUGUGGACCCUGUUACGGCCGGCUACCAGUACAGCCAAUACGGACAGACUGCUGUGGACUACCUGGCGAAGAACGUGAGCCUGUCCAGCCAGCGGAGGAUGAAGCUGGGAGACCACUCAGCCGUCCUGGGACUACUCCAGGUGGAGACGGGACAGGCCUACUAGAUUAGUCGCACUACAGUCCCCCAUCUCCCCCACACUAGCCCCUUGACCUGCUACCGGCGCCUCUCCCUCACCCCUAUCUCUCUCACCGCCACCUCCAUCACCAACGGGAGAACCAGAAGUGUGUGUGUGUGUGUGUGUGUGCAGACGUGUUUCUGUUUUUGUGUGUGUUUGUGGGAGAGAGACAAGACAGAAGAUCAAAGCACUUGUAGUCUCGAAGAGAGAAAUGGACUGAAAUUGAAGCAGCCAUUCCAGGAGGAGGAGCAGGGAGCUGUAGCUACAGUCUCUUUCCACUGUUCAACCAUUUCACAAUUCCUCCUCUCAUCCUCAACCAAGAGACCCUUACAGGGCUAUGGCGAGCUAGAGGGGAAUGAGCUCCUACUGUCUUGGGCCCCAUAUUGAAAUGGCCUGCCCGACCUACGCUACCAAGAGUUAGCACAUGCAGGCCGAACAAGUGUAGCUUAUCUUUCAUUCCCAAGUUUUUGGACCAGGUCAUUUGUUACGGUACUUAGCUACUGGUGUUAUAAUUCCAUUUGUCAUUAUAACUGUGGCUGUUCCUAUUGCUGUUCAAAAUUAUAAUUAUUGUUACAAUCUUGUUUACUUUCCAUUUUGUCAAAGAUUUCAUUGACGUUUGCUGGUAUUAUUUGAACAGAUGAUUUAGAGGAGCUUACAGAGAAAGAAGGGAGGGGGUGAAAGAGAGAGAGAAAGAGAGGGAGGAGGGGCUUAUGGAGAAAGAAGGGAGGGGGGUGAAAGAGAGAGAGAGAGAGGGAGGAGGGGCUUACGGAGAAAGAAGGGAGGGUGGAGAAAGAGAGAGACAAAGUUGAGAAGGUCUGAUAGCAGCUUGCUACUGAAGCCUCUCAUGUCAUGGAUUUUGACCUUCUCACUCUAAUCUCGUGCCCGACAUUUCUAAAGGAACUUAAAGGCUACUCUGUGGGACGUUGAGCUCCUCAGAAUCAUCUGGGAAUGAACGGCCAAUGGGAAACUCCUAAUUCCAGAGGUCCGCUUCACCCAGCCUCCCCCAGGCAUUGAUUGGCUACAGGGACCAGAGGAUUGUUUUGAGGGGAAGAAAAUGUUCAAUGUUCAAGGACAUCCAUGUGUUUAGCUAAUGCUAGGUCAAUCAUUACUUGCCAUUACCAUUUCGAGGUUGUUUGGAGGUCUUUUCAUGGGUAGUGGCGGUUUUAGUGUGUCAUACUUAAUGUAUGUGUGUCUUACAAAAUUAUGACCAAUAUAUUUGCAUUAUUUCUCUCUAAAACAAGAGUGGUGCAGCAUUCCAAAAUCACAAAGUACUUGAACUAUGGAAUUUCAUUCUAUUUUUUAUUUUACAUGAUUUAGUUUGAAAACCAUUCCAAGAUAUGACAAUUUGUAUUGAACAUUUGUGCCAUACAAACUGUUUUAUUAUCUGCAUCUCACAUUAUGCAUCCCAGAAAAUGACUCUAAGUUCUUAAAAGGUAUAUUCACAUCAGUCUGAUAUAAUAUGAAAUAGCCCCCCAAUACAUAACAGAUGUAAAAUAAAACGUAAAUAUUAAAACUGUAGAAUCUGAUCGUAUUGGAACCAACCAUAUUCUGGUUAAGUGAAAAAAAAACAGGGAAUAUUUCAUUCAAAAUCUGAUUGUGUAUGGGUUGUUUAUAUGAAAACAUGUUUUGUACUAAAACAUAUCAAUGAUGAUUAUGAGUUGAGAUGGUUGAGAAGACAUUGAUGGUUGAGUGAAUGCUGCAUCUCUUGAAGUCUUACAAUGUAUAUUUGUGUUACAUUCCUGAAUAUUUGUUUGUUUCAUUUGCUCCUUUUACUAUGUUGUAUUGAUGUAAAAAAAAAAAAAAAAAAAAUACAAAUUGUAUUUUAGCUUUUGCUCUUAAAAAUGAUUGAUGAACAUGAACAAUACCUCUCAAUUCACCAAUUUCUGUAACUGGAAAAUAUGGAUGUUAACCAAUAUCCACUGAUCAAGAGAACAGCUGAGACAUUUUCACAUGAAAAAGUGUAUCAGAGCAGGAAUAUUGAAUUGGAACUCAGACCUGAGAGAGAAAAAAAGUCAUUAUUCACAUUUACAUUCCUAUUGGAAGUUGAUUCUUCCCCCAUUUUAACAGACGUUCCCCUCCUGUUGGGACCAAUGAAUUGUUCCUGUCAACCCUCACAGACAACAUCUUACGUUCCCCCACUUACCUAUCUCUUCCUGGGGCAUAACAUGAGGCGCGGACACUGACCCUUGAACUUGCUGUGGGGUAACAUGGCCUCAUAUGCUCAUUUUGGACACACACAUACCUGAAUGACUUUCCAGGACCUUAAAGGGAUACUUCGAGAUUUUGGCAAUGAGGCCCGUUGUUUACUUCCCCAGAGUCAGAUGAAAUUGUGGACACCUUUUUUUAAUGUUUCUGUGUCCAAUAUGAAGGAAGUUAGAGGUAGUAUUGUGAACCAUUGCUAACUAGCGUUAGCACAAUGACUGGGAGUCUAUGGGUAUCUGCUAGCAUGACUUCCAGCCAUUACACUAAUGCUACAAAGCAAUUCCCCUAGAGCAAUUUAGCAACUUCCUUCACACAGCACACAGAGACAUAAAAAUGGUAUCCACGAGUUCAUCUGACUCCUGGGAAGUAGAUCAUUGCCAAAAUCCUUGAAGUAUCACACCCUCUCAUCCAAACCAGUCCAAUCACUAUUUUCAGGAAACCCACACAGCACCAAUCAGUGCUCCCCACAACCCUUCCAAUUUGUGUAUUUUCUACGAAAAGAAACAGAGAGAAAAAAAAACGCGUCCCUGACCUCCCCCUCUACACCAGUUGCCCCCGCCUCCCGCCUCCCUAUAGUUUUUUAAACUCUUGCUUUAUUCUAUUUCUGUUCAGCAUGUGUGUAUAUUACCAUGGCAUAAUUUAUUCUACUGUAUGACGUAUUAGAGUAGUGGGAAACUUGUAUUGGCAUUUACUACCCUCAGCCUGUUGGUGUGUUGACUGUAACACUGGCGUAACUGUUAUCAAUUAAAGCUCUAAAACUGGACCAAGA